CGAAAGCAACCCGGAAGCAGGUCGUUGUGACGUCACGACGCUGACCCGGUUCCGCAGCGCACGUUCCAAUUGAAAACAAAACCCCAGUCACGUUGGGCGAACUUUCAUGGAACAAAGUGCGUGUCGCGGAAACUGAAGCGUCGGGGUGGUUAUCGAAAGGAUCGACACAAUGUCUACGGUUGAGCCCAUCAUCUCAUCGAGACAGACGCAGAAAGAAAUCAACGGCAUCGCCACGCAAGUUGUCUGCACAGAGUUCAGUAAUUACAUAUUCAUCGUCAUCACGCAAUACGGCAAGAUCGGAACGCUGGUGUCCGUCACGCCUGAGUCGCGGUGUGACGACUUCAGCGUCCCGAUAUUCGCCACCAAAGUGCUGCUAGGAAAGGACGAGCCGCUGACACACGUGUGCGGCAAAAACCUGGGAACGUUUGUGUCGCAAGAAGCCGGCAACAGGCCCGUCUUGCUGGGACUGGCGCUCAAGGACUCGUCCGUGGAUGCAAUCAAUCAAAUAAAGGAACUGAUCAAAAGUUGUCAAGUUUGGUAGGAAGACUAAAAUAGACAGAAAUAUGACCAAUCAGCUCCUUUUUUUUUCUUUUUCUAGUUGUUGUCACAUUUGACCAGUUUGCAAAAACAAUGCACAGCGGGUGUUUGUAUUUCUUUGUCAUUUCACAUGUUAGGAUGGCUCAUCAUAUUAUUUUGUUGCAAUGUAAAUAUCCUAUAGCAUCUCAUAACUAGACAUUUUCAAUAAAACUGGUCGAUCGAAGA